AUGCUGCGUUGGGGUGCUGCGGUGGAUUGUCUUGAGAACGGCAUGGUGCUGGUGAUGAAGAAGAUGAAUAGUCGCUAUACCCCGGCAGUGGAUGAGGGUAUUCAUCGAGAGGUUGGUGUCGAGAUGAGGGAGCCAGGUCCUUUAGGAUCCUCCAGAAUUCCCGCGGACGGACAGCGUCCCUGCGAGGAUGUCCCUGGUGCAUCAAGCAUCAUGUCUCGGGAUAUUUCUUAUCUCCGCAUGCUCGGGCUUCUGGCUUUGUCUUGA